ACUACAGCCCCUCUCACCACAACUGCAACCGCAACUACGACAUCCACCGCCACAACAACUGCAGCCGCGACCACAACAGCAUCUGCCAACACAUCAACUCCAUUUACCACUUCGACAACUCCCACUGGCACGACAACUGCAGCCGCCACCACCACCACAAAUGCUACAACUUCCCCUGUAAACACAACUGCAGCCCACACCACAACAGCCGCUACCACCACAACUGCAGCUGACACCACAACAGUCCCAGCCACCACAACUGCAGCCGCUACCACAACAGCAUCAGCCACCACAACUGCAAUAACCACUACUACAGCCCCUCUCACCACAACUGCAACCGCAACUACGACAUCCACCGCCACAACAACUGCAGCCGCGACCACAACAGCAUCUGCCAACACAUCAACUACAUUUACCACUUCGACAACUCCCACUGGCACGACAACUGCAGCCGCCACCACCACCACAAAUGCUCCCACCACUACUAAAAUAGCCAAUGCCACCACAACUGCAUCUGGUACUACAACAGCAGUUUCCACAACAACUUCCCCAGUAACCGCAACUGCAUCCCACACUACAACAGCCAAUGCCACCACAACUGCACCCGAUACUACAACAGCAGUUGCCACUACAACUUCCCCUGUAACCACAACUGCAGCCCACACCACAACAGCCGCUACCACCACAACUGCAGCUGACACCACAACAGUCCCAGCCACCACAACUGCAGCCGCUACCACAACAGCAUCAGCCACCACAACUGCAAUAACCACUACUACAGCCCCUCUCACCACAACUGCAACCGCAACUACGACAUCCACCGCCACAACAACUGCAGCCGCGACCACAACAGCAUCUGCCAACACA